AUGGCAGCAAAAUCGGAUGGCGUGGGGGUCGUUACCGGUUUCGCCCAACUACACAACCUGGACGAAACGGUAGGGAACGGUGACGAGGAUGCUGUGGACAGUGCCGCUAUACACAUCUGCCACUGCUGCAACUCAUCGUCUUGUUAUUGGGGCUGCAGAAGCGCCUGCUUGCAAACUCUCCUGGGGAAGGGGAACGGAGGCAGGCGGCCGCAGCAGGGGGAGCGCCUGUGGUUGGACUGUCUUUGGAUCGUUUUGGCAUUGCUGGUCUUUUUUGGGGACGUGGGUACAGAUUUGUGGUUAGCCAUAGACUACUAUUCCAAGCGAGAUUAUUUGUGGUUUGGGCUUACCCUUUUCUUUGUGCUCGUUCCUUCGGUGCUGGUCCAAAUUUUAAGCUUCAGGUGGUUCGUUCAGGACUACACUGGGGGCGGGUUGGGGGCAGUUGAGGGACUCAGCCGGAGAGCCACCGCUGGAUUAACCACGGGCAUCUACGGCAGGGAUAGAUGCUGUCAAAUCUCUGUUUGGAUGUGGCAGGUUUUUAUACACCUUAUACAAAUGGGACAAGUGUGGAGGUACAUCCGCACCAUGUACUUGGGCAUACAGAGCCGGAGGCAGAAAGAACACAGAAGGCGUUUUUACUGGGCCAUGAUGUAUGAGUACGCUGACGUCAACAUGCUCCGCCUGCUGGAAACCUUCCUGGAGAGUGCUCCCCAACUGGUGCUCCAGAUCUGUAUCAUGAUCCAGAAAAACCGGGCUGAGACCUUACAAUGUGUGUCUUCUUUUGCAUCUCUCUUCUCCCUGGCCUGGGUGCUAGCUUCCUACCACAAGCUUCUACGUGACUCUCGAGAUGACAAGAAAAGCAUGAGCUAUCGGGGGGCUCUGAUCCACAUCUUCUGGAGGCUUUUUACCAUCUCUUCACGGGUGCUAUCUUUUGCCCUGUUUGCCUCCAUAUUCCACAUCUACUUUGGCAUCUUUGUGGUUGUGCACUGGUGUGCUAUGGCUUUCUGGAUAGUGCAUGGAGGCACAGACUUCUGCAUGUCCAAAUGGGAGGAAGUUCUCUUCAAUAUGGUGGUUGGCAUUGUCUACAUCUUCUGCUGGUUCAACGUUAAGGAGGGUCGGACCCGUUACCGUAUGGCAAUCUACUAUUUUGUGGUGCUGGCUGAGAAUACAGUGCUUACCUGUCUGUGGUACGCCUACAGGGACCCUGCCACCACCGACUCCUACGCGGUGCCUGUUCUCUGUGGGGUCUACUUGAGCUUUGCAUCUGGAGUGGUCUUCAUGGGCAUCUACUAUGGGGUUCUUCACCCCAUGGGGCCCAAAGUGAGGUUGUUGGCUAGCUCCUGCUGUGCUGAACUCCUCUGGGGUCUUCCCUUACCCCCCGAAGCGGAGCCCAUGGCACCCACUCCAGGGCCUACCCCAACGCGAGCCUCCACGGGCGACUACACUCAGCAGGACGAAACUGCAGCAGAUACAUGCCUGCCUGUGUUCCAGGUGCGAUCCACUGAGCCUAUUACACCUAUGGGCCGCCACAGGCUAGAGGGUCCCCUCAUCAAGAUUGACAUGCCUAGGAAACGCUACCCAGCGUGGGACGCUCAUUUUGUGGACCGGCGCCUGAGGAGAACUAUAAACAUCCUGCAGUUCAUCACCCCCGCAGCUGUAGGGAUCAGGUACAGGGACGGGCCCCUGCUUUAUGAGCUCCUGCAGUAUGAGUCCUCCCUGUGA